AUGCAAGUCCUUCUCCUCGGUGGCCACGGCAAGGUCGCCCUGCACUUGACCCCGCUGCUCCUCAACCGCGCCUGGAAUGUCACCAGCGUGGUGCGCAACCCCGACCACGAGAACGAGAUCCUGGCGCUGGGCAAGGGCCGCAAGGGCAAGCUGGAUGUGCUGCUCUCCAGUCUGGAGGAUGUGAAGAGCACCACGGAUGCCCAGAAGAUCCUGGACACGGUGUCGCCCGAUUAUGUGGUGUGGUCUGCUGGCGCCGGCGGCAAAGGUGGCCCAGCAAGCACAAUCGCCAUCGACCAAGACGCAGCGAAACACUUCCUAACCGCCUCCUUCGCCUCGUCGCGCGUGAGCAAAUUCCUCAUGGUCUCAUACAUGGGCAGCCGCCGCACCCAGCCGAGCUGGAUGCCCGACGACCAAUGGGCCGGGCUGGUGCGCACCAACACCGAGGUGCUGCCAACCUACGCCAAGGCCAAGCUCGAGGCCGACGAGUACAUGACCGCGCUGGCCGCUCGCCGCAAGCGCGACCCGGCCGCGUCGGCUCGCUCCUUCCAGGCGAUAAACCUGCGCCCCGGUAUCUUGACCGACGAGCCUGCUACGCGCAAUGUCGAGCUAGGCAAGACCCCCCGUGGUCGCGGCCAUGUGUCGAGGGAGGAUGUUGCUAUUGUUGCGGAUCAGUUGCUUGCUCGGGCGGAUACGGAGGGUUGGUAUGAUCUUGUUAAUGGGGAUUUGCCGGUUGAGCAGGCUGUUGAGCGGGUUGCGAAGGAGAAGAUUGAUGCCGUUGAGGGGGAGGAUGUUGAUGGGCUUGUGAAGAGGUUCUUCCCUUAG